CGCUCAGCGUCACACGACACUCUCACACAUCCUUGCGAAUCGAGGAGCCGCGACACAUACACCAGUAUAGGUUCGUUCGCCACCAACGACGAACACAACCGUACCCAGUCACACGAGCUGUCACUAUGCCGCCCGCCGCUAAGGCCACCACGAAGCGGGGUAAGGAGAACGUCGCGCCGUCCAAGGCGUCCAAGGCCGCCAAGGUGGCUGCGAACGACGACGAGUUAGCUGGCGACGACUUUGAUGCGAUGGACGUCGAGCCGGUCAAGGAAAAGCCCAAGGUUGGGCGGCCACCGAAGGCGGCCAAGGUGGCCAAGCAGGAUGCGUCGGGAGAGGAGGAGGAGCGGGGAGCGUCUGAGCCUGCAGAGGCUACGGGAACAGUAAACAAGAGCGACUCGACAUCCGCCGACAGACUACGACGCGAGCGCGACACAUUCGCCAAGCAGUUCGAGGAGCUCUCUCGCCUGCGGUUGACAGAAUCCGAGGCCGUGUUUGAGAGGUACAAGGAGCGGGCGGCAGCCAAGGCCAAGGCACAGGCCGACCUCAUCGAAAGCCUCUCGGCGUUGAACGAGAAGCAGGCGAACAAGGUCGCCGAGUUGGAGAAGGCCCUUGCUGCGAGCCAGGUGGCUGCCGAGCGCGCGGCCGAAAGAGCAGCGCAGGCUUCGGCGCCUCCCGUCUUAGACGCAAAACUCGACUCCAAGGGUGUCAAGGAGCUCCGUGACGAGGUGUUCAAGCUGCGCAACACGAUCAAAGCGAAGGAUGAGCAGAUGACCACCCUCCAGCGCGACUACGACGCCGAGGUCGAGCACUCGCGCAGCCUGCAAAGCCAGCGGGCGAGCUCAGCGAACCCACCAGCACCUGCGCCCAACUCGGAGGAGGCUGAGAAGGACCAGCUCUCGGUACGCCUGUACGAGGACAUCUCUGGCCUGGCCAUCUUGAACAUCAACGUCAAGCAGACCAACGCGGGCAAGGAGGUGAUUUGCAACUGCCUGCAGACGUCGAUCGAGGGAAGGAGCUUCGGAUUCAAGCUCCGCACAUACAACGAGUAUGACAAGCGGACGAAGAAGUGGGGCAAGAUGGUCGAGAUGACGCCCGAGGGACUGAAGAACGAGAAGGACAAGGCGUUUGUCGCGCGUCUCGGGCCGUUCGCGUCGGGCUUCAUCAUCCCGGUCGACCAGCUCGCAAGUGCAUGGGAGCAGCUGCGUGCGCGGAUGAGCGACGACGGGGUGUUUGAGGACGUGCCCACGGCCGAUGCCUAG